UCAUAUUUUUAUGUUAAUUGAAGGUAGUAUUUUAUAUUUUUUACAAGAUAUAUCCACAAAAUCAAGAAACGGACUAUUGUUACGAACCCUGCUGUAGGUAUUAUUCCUAUCAGUCAAAAUGUUGCACACGACCUUGCCCAUGUUGUUGUUGCUGCACCUGGGUCUGCAUACUUCUGUUUAUUCUAUUCAUUCUUAUUUUAAUGGGUCUUCUUAAGGGAAUUAUUGGACUUCUUUAUUGUUCAUGCGUAGGAAGUUGGGGACUUAAUAUGCUCAUUGACCUUCCAAGACCUUUGCCAAGUUAUCAAGAGCCAUGUCUAGCAUGCAGAGAGGUAGUGUAUGAUGAAGCGGGAUGGCCAGUCCAUCCUGAUACGGGCGAACGGACAGUCAAAGUUCUUACAAGGCACACUGAGUUUUUCCUGAAUGUUAUAUUCUUUAUUGCUUAUCCACUUGCAAUACUUUUGAAGUUGCUAGAGAUGACAUGCUGCAUAAGAAGCAGUUCUAGAAGUGAUGAAAAGCUUGCCUACAAACAAGUUAAUGUUAUCAAAAUGAUGGAGGGUUGUAUUUGCCCAUAUCAACCACAGAAAACAGGACCAGUGAUGGAUAUUUAUCAAGAAGGAGAUUGCAGAGAAGAUAAAGAUACAGCAUAUGUUGUUGAAAUUCUCAAAGAAAGCAAGCAUUCUCUAGGGGGUUCAUUUUGUGGAUUUCAUUGAAGAAAAUCGAUACCUUCCUCUACUUCCUUAUUUAUUUUGAAAAACUUCAAAUAAAAAUAUGUUAAUUUAUUAAGUGGAUAAAAUAGAUUUAUUAUUCU